UCAUUGCUUAUGAGAAGACUCACAAUCUCCAAAGAAGAACAAGAGAAAAGCGAGUAUAUUAGCUUAGAAAGAUGGAUCUGGCAACUGCGGCUCCCAAAGCUCCAUUAACCCAUGAAAGAAGGAUUCGAUCGGACCUCGAGGAAAACUUACCCAAACCCUAUUUGGGAAGGGCAUUGGCAGCUGUGGACGUGGAUCAUCCACAAGGAACAGUAGGACGUGACAGUAAAGGAUUGAGUGUUCUUCAGCAACAUGCUUCUUAUUUUGAUCAGAACAAAGAUGGAAUCGUUUAUCCUCGGGAAACGUACAGAGGUUUGAGAAACCUUGGUCUCGGUUUCAUUGAAAGCCUUUUUGCUGCAUUAAUCAUCAACAUAGCGUUGAGUUAUUCCACACUCGAAGGAUGGCUACCAGAUCUGCAUUUUCCCAUAUAUAUCGACAGAAUUCACAAAUGCAAGCAUGGCAGUGACACAGCAACGUUCGACACUGAAGGAAGGUUCAUGCCAAUGAACUUUGAGGGCAUCUUCAGCAAGUACGCUAGAACUGUGCCCGACAAAUUAUCAUUCAAAGAAGUGUGGCACAUGACCGAGGCGAAUCGGAACCAGUACGACUUCAUUGGCUGGAUAAUCUCAAAGGGCGAAUGGUUGCUCUUGUAUCGAAUUGCGAAGGAUUCACAAGGUUAUCUGGCAAAAGAAGCUGUAAGGGGAUGCUUUGAUGGGAGCUUGUUUGAUUAUAUUGCCAAUAUGAACAAGGCUAAAAGGAAUUAAGGUCUACUUAUUGAAGCAGUGCAUGUUGGUUGUUUGAAAUAUGAACUAAAGUUGUCCAAUGUAUAGUGUAUUUGAACUACGGUUGCAUCCUUUUCAACAAUAAAUGAACUGAGUUAUCAUGUUUAAUUUUC